AUGUCGACGAGAGGCAGCUUCCGAGGGGGUCGUGGACGCGGUGGUCCCUCGAAUCGCGGUGGCGGUUCGAAUACCCGCUUCACUGGCAAAAAGUCUUCCUUCCGAAAAGAUGCUGGUCAAAAGUUCGGGAUCGACUCUCGGUCAGAUAAGCCUGGAGUCAGCAGGGAGGAUGACGGGACGGCCGCGAUGGAACGUUUCGAGGAGGUCAAGGCGGCGGAUGAGGUGGACGGGAAGAUGGGCUUCGACCGGUUCGAGAGCGCGCUGGCAAAUGGGGAAGAGCGAACUGGGUGGUUGGUGAACAUGCACCAACCCUCCCGGACAAGACUGACUGUUCAGACGUUACUGCCUUCGCCAAAUUGCCAGACUGGCCAACAGGCUGUGGACUUCUACUUCAUCGAGGACAAUGGCUCGUCUUUCAAGGCGACCAUACCAUACGAGCCAUACUUCUACCUCACUGUCCGAGCUGGGACUGAAACGAUUGUCGAGGAAUGGGCGGUGAAGAAGUUUGAGGGCGUCCUGAACAGGGUUGAGAGGGAAAAGAAGUGGGAUCUCAGCUUGCCAAAUCACCUGUUAUCAGCACCACCAAUCUUCCUCAAACUCUUCUUUCACAACACCGCCGAUCUGCAAUCCGUCCGGCGAGAGCUGUUGCCCCUCGCCAAGGCGAACUCGGCCAAAUUCACGGCGGUCGACGCGUACGCAGAUAUAAUAGGCGCAGAGGCGGCUCGGAAUGGGCAUGGAGAUGAGGAGAUGGAGGGCCAGGCCUGGGGAGCUGAGGCGGAUGGGCGGAAGCGGAGAGAUAAGGAGCCAGCGGAGUGCAUCAUUGACGUCCGGGAGUACGACAUCGCCUACUAUCUCCGGGUAGCGAUUGAUCUCGAUGUUCGAGUCGGUCUCUGGUACAACGUGAAGUCUCAUCAGGGCGUAACGUCCCUAUCCCGUAUCACCACCAUCGUCAAGCGUGCCGAGCCCGUCGUUAUGGCCUACGAUAUCGAGGUCACCAAGCCGCCCCUCAAGUUCCCAGAUCAGCAGACCGACCAGAUCAUGAUGAUAUCCUACAUGAUUGACGGUCAGGGGUAUCUCAUCACCAAUCGGGAGAUCGUGUCAGAGGACAUUGAGGACUUUGAGUACACGCCGACGGCGGAGUAUCAGGGGGACUUUACCGUAUUCAACGAGCCUGACGAGCCCGCUGUCAUCCGACGAUGGUUCGAGCACAUCCGCGAGGCCAAGCCGACCGUCAUCGCCACCUACAACGGCGACUCAUUCGAUUUCCCCUUUGUCGACGUCCGAGCCAAGAUACACGGUAUCAGCAUGUACGAGGAGAUCGGCUUCCGCCCAGACAACGAGAACGAAUACAAGGCGCGCGCGACCAUGCACAUGGACUGUUUCCGCUGGGUCAAGCGGGACUCGUACCUGCCGCAAGGGAGUCAGGGGUUGAAGGCGGUCACAACGGCAAAGCUGGGGUACAACCCGAUUGAGCUGGAUCCAGAACUGAUGACACCAUACGCUAUCGAGCAACCCCAAGUACUGGCGGCCUACUCGGUAUCUGACGCCGUCGCGACCUAUUACCUCUACAUGAAAUACGUCCACCCCUUUAUCUUCUCCCUUUGCAACAUCAUUCCCCUCAACCCGGAUGAGGUUUUGCGGAAAGGCUCGGGAACUUUAUGUGAAACCCUCUUGAUGGUGGAAGCAUACAAGGCGCACAUCAUUAUGCCAAAUCGACACGAAGACGCGCAUGGGAACACCUACGAAGGUCACCUCCUUCACGGCGAGACCUACGUCGGAGGUCACGUCGAGGCGCUCGAAGCCGGCGUCUUUCGCAGCGACAUCCCCACCCACUUCAACGUCGAGCCGGCGGCGAUCCAGCAGCUGCUGGAUGACCUCGAUUCCGCACUCCAAUUCUCACUGGUUGAGGAGGGCAAGAUCGGGCUAGACGAGGUGGCCAACUACGACGAGGUCAAGGACCAGAUUGCUCAGGCGCUCGAACUCAUGCGUGACAAUCCCAAACGGCUCGACCCUCCCCUCAUCUACCAUCUUGACGUCGCCGCCAUGUACCCCAACAUCAUGUUGUCCAACCGGCUACAACCGGACUCGGUCAAAGAUGAGGCGGCCUGCGCUGUCUGCGACUAUAAUCGGCCGGACAAGGAGUGCGAUAGGCGGAUGGAGUGGGCAUGGAGGGGAGAGUACUUCCCCGCCAAGAGGGACGAGGUGAAUAUGGUCCGCUUCGCGCUGGAGCAGGAGCUGUUCCCGCCUCUUUGGCCGAACGGGCCGAAACGUCGGUACGUUGACCUCAAGGCCGACGAGCAAACGUCCUUGAUGGAGAAGCGGCUCGGCGACUACUCUCGGAAGGUCUAUAAAAAGACCCACGACACCAAAAUCGUCAACAAGACCGCCAUCAUCUGCCAGCGCGAAAACUCCUUCUACAUCGACACCGUCCGGGCGUUCCGAGAUCGGCGGUACGAGUACAAGGGUCUUCACAAGACCUGGAAGAAGAAUCUGGAUAAGGCGCAUGAGGAGGGCGGCUCGCUGCCGGAGGUGGAUGAGGCCAAGAAGAUGAUCGUGCUGUACGAUUCACUUCAGCUGGCGCACAAGUGUAUCCUCAAUUCCUUCUACGGAUACGUCAUGCGGAAGGCGGCGCGGUGGUACUCGAUGGAAAUGGCGGGGAUCACCUGUCUCACUGGAGCUGCCAUCAUCCAAAUGGCGCGGCAACUCGUUGAGCGGAUCGGUCGGCCUCUCGAGCUGGACACGGACGGGAUCUGGUGUAUGCUGCCAGGCGUCUUCCCGGAGGACUUUUCGUUCAAGCUCAAAAACGGCAAACAGUUCGGCAUAUCCUAUCCCUGCACCAUGCUCAACCACCUCGUACAUCGUCAGUUCACCAACGAACAAUACCACGAACUGGUCGACAAGGAUACGGGGACGUACUCGGUCAAGAAGGAGAACAGUAUCUUCUUUGAGCUGGACGGGCCGUACAAGGCGAUGAUUCUCCCCUCGUCCAAGGAGGAGGACAAGCUGCUCAAGAAGCGGUACGCGGUCUAUAAUCCCGACGGCUCACUAGCCGAGCUGAAGGGGUUCGAGGUCAAGCGGAGGGGGGAGCUUCAAUUGAUCAAGAUUUUCCAAUCUCAGAUCUUUGACAAGUUCCUCCUCGGCACCACUAUUGAGGCGUGCUACGCCGAGGUGGCAAAGGUGGCGGACCAAUGGCUGGACAUCCUCGGGUCCAAGGCGGCGAGUCUGAACGACGACGAGCUCGUCGACCUCAUCGCCGAGAAUCGGAGCAUGUCCAAAACUCUCGCCGAGUAUGGGACGCAGAAAUCGACAUCCAUCAGUACGGCUCGUCGGCUCGCAGAGUUCCUCGGGGAGCAGAUGGUCAAGGACAAAGGUCUAUCCUGUCGCUUCAUCAUCUCGACCAAGCCCAACGGGGCGCCGGUCACCGAGAGGGCCAUUCCGGUCGCCAUCUUUACCGCCGAACCGGCUGUCAAGCAGCAGUACCUUCGGAAAUGGCUCAAAGACAACAGUCUCGUCGACUUUGAUCUCCGUACUAUUCUCGACUGGAACUACUAUACGGAGCGGCUCGGCUCGGUCAUCCAAAAGAUCAUCACCAUUCCCGCCGCCCUCCAAAAAGUCGCCAAUCCCGUUCCUCGGAUCCGGCAUCCGGACUGGCUGUUCAAGCGGGUGGCAGCCAAGGAGGACAAGUUCCAGCAGCACAAGCUUACAGACAUGUUUGCGAGGAUGCGAGCUGCUGGGGCUGAGGAUAUGGAGGAUGUGGGGAAGCGGCUGAAUGCGCGGAAGUUGGCGGUGGUGAAGCGGAAGAAGCCAAAGGAGGUGAUUCGGGAGGUCGCACCGGAUCCGCUCGUGGACUACUCGGGCUACCUCCGGGUCAAGCGGAAAGAGUGGAAGGCGCAGCGGAUAGAGCGGGCGAGGGUGCGGAAACAGGGCGGGCCUAGACAGGACGGCUCAAUUUCGUCGAUGCUGCAGACGCGGUCGCUCAACCUUACGGCGAGGCAGUGGGACAUCAUCCAAAUCGCCUCGACCAGUCGGCCGGGCGAGUAUCGACUCUGGCUGUCGAUCGACGGGACUUUCCAGUCUGUCCGGCUGCGGGUGCCCAGGGAGUUUUACCUCAAUUUCAAGACUCUUCCCCCUUCCGACACCUUCUCGGACAUGUACGAGGCUACUUCCAUCGUCCGCAAUCUCCCUCGGGACCAGCCCGUGCACAACCUCUUCCGCCUCAUUGUCGACGAGAGUCUCUUCGUCGAGGGGGAAUCGCACUUUUCCAGCCUGAUCAACAACCCAAACGUCGACGGGGCGUUUGAGCUGCAAGUACCGCUCAUGGUACGAGCUCUGCUCAGCCUGGGUACAUCGUGCGCACUCAAGUCGGCGGCGGCGGGCGGUCUCAAUCGCGGUCUGGACAAGGGAUUCGACCUGACCGACCUGGAGCGUCCCGGGUCUAGUGUCCUUCGUCACAAGUACCUCGACGAUGGCGCGGGGUUGCGGUACCACCUCCUCUUCCACGCCGUCAUCGCUUCGCGCCACCUCAUCGGUCUCUUCUCACCCGGUGGCAAGGCCAAGGUAUACGUCGUGGAUAACGCGAGGAACCGACAGCAGCUGCCCAGCCCGGCUCGGUGGUAUGCUGAUCGGGUCGCAGCGGCCAGGGGCGGUGUCUUUGGCUACACCGACGAGCUAGACGUCAGCGUCAACUACUACCCGACCGAGGGCGGCGCGAUGCGCCAGCUUGCCAAAGACCUCUCGGCGAUCAAGCGCGGCCUAAACGUCAUCGCCCUCACCUCUCCUUUCGAACACAGCUACUACCAGGUCAAGGCAUCCAUUUUCUCCGAGUUCCCCUUCAUCACGUACAAGAUGUUCAAGGAGGAGGAGGCGAGCUUGAUGUGGCUGCUCCAGACGAGUAGGAGGAUGGUACAGCAGUGGCUGAAGCUGUCGGGGUGGCUCAGGGAGCAGAUAGAUACUGCUGCUCAUUUCGAUGUACCGCUCGGAAACCUUGGCAACGACUCUCCCAUCUUCCUUGCCGAUAUCGACUUUGCCCGUCGGCUCAAGGCGCAGGAUAUGGUCCUCUGGUGGUCUGCCGCUCCCAAGCCGGACCUCGGAGGCUCAGAGGAGGACGCGAAUUCGACCGAAGAGCCAAUACCGCCCCAGAUCUCAGUGAAGGGGUGUUACUCGUCGGUCGUGCUGGAGAUGGACGUCAAGCAGCUCGCGCUGGAUGCGGUCCUACAGUCGGCGCUGGUGAACGAGAUGGAGGGAUCGGGGGCGGGAUCGAUGGCGUUCGACACGGCGUCGCAUAAUCUCGACGAGUACGUCAAAGGCACGGCCAACACUAGUGUCAUGCUCGGUGAUGCGGUGCUUUCCACCCAGACCUUUGGCGUGCUCAAAGCGAUGCUGCGUACCUGGUUCUUGGAUGACGUCCGUCUCACGGCCAAGGGAGAUAGCGGCAAUCCAGCCGGUCUGCUGCUAGAUCACUUUUGGCGGUGGGUUCGAUCCAGCUCGUCCAACAUGUUUGAGCCCGCCCUCCAUCGCUUCCUCCACGGUCUCAUGCGGAAGACCUUCCUCCAGCUCCUCGCCGAGCUCAAGCGUCUCGGCACAACCAUCGUCUACGCCGAUUACCAGCGGAUCUUCCUCCUCACCUCCAAGCCCGACGCCGGCUCGGCGGUCGCAUUCGGUAAAUACCUCAUCACGGCCGCCAACAGCCAAGAGCUGUUCCGUCAUCUCAAAAUCGGUAUCACCCACUACUGGAACUAUCUCGCCUGGAUGGACGUGGCCAACUUCGGUGGCUUCCGGGUCACCCCCGAGGAGGCCAGCCGGCGCGACGGCCACCGGGUCAAGAUUCCGGUCUCGAUGGACUUCAAUAUCGUGUCCUUCUUGCCCGCACCCCUCCAACCUGUAUUCGAGCACAACGUCGGGAACUUUAUCUAUCACCUCUACAAGGCCAAGCUGGGCUCGGAUAACGGUCGGACCCCUCUUCGGCCAAUAUACAACCUCAACAUUGACACUCCUGGUGAUAUCGCCGCCUCGGUCUCGGAUCCAACCAAGGACCAGGAGCGGGCGGAGGCGGAGAAGAGCAUUACAUCCACGCUUACGCGGAAAGUGCUGGAGGAUGUCAGUGCGGUCAAGAAGACACAAUCGGCUGCUCUGCUCGAUGCCGACCUCGCGGAGUCCUUCUACUUCCCCGACCUCCCUGGCGCCCGUCCAGAUCGUCACAACCCAACACUCGAGCUGGUCAAAGCCAUCACUGAGGUCUUUUCACUCGCAAAGGAUUACUCGGUCGAGGUGGGCAUUCUCAAGCGAAAUCUGCUGGAUCUGCUCGGGGUGCGUGAGUUCUCGCCCGAAGCGGCAUGGCGGAACCCGUGCGAGAGUAUCGUGGUGCCGAUGGUGAUUUGUCAGCGGUGCAGUGCGAUCAGGGAUGUGGAUCUGUGCAGAGAUCCGGAUAGGUUGCCGAGGGUGGACUCAGAGACACUGGAGUUGCUACCGCCGCCGAGGAAGAGCUGGUGCUGUAUCGCAUGUGAUACGGAGUAUGACCGCUUCCUCAUCGAGAGACCGCUCAUCGAUAUGGUGUCAAGACUGGUCACGUCGUUCCAGACACAGGAUGUAAUCUGCACAAAGUGCGGCCAGUCCAAGGACGAUAAUUUGGCGCCGACUUGCGGAUGUGGAGGGUCAUACAGGACGAGCUUGAAUAGAGGGGAGGGUAAGACCAAGUUGAAGAUGAUCAAAAGUGUGGCUGAGUACCACGAUCUGCCGAUGAUCAAGGACUAUGUAACGCAGACGCUGGAGCGGUGGUGA